CUUGACACUUUUGGUUAUAUAGGUUUCUUGUCCAUCUCGAGACCAUGGGCAAGCGAGGCGGCAAGAAGGGUGGCCGCGGCCGCGGUGGUGGUGGUGGGGGUGGAGGACCACGGCCUCGACCCGACAAUCGCGGCAGCAAGCAGGACAUUAGUCGAUACAACGACAAAUUUGAGCACUACUACAACCAGCUCGGUAUAGUCUCAGACGAGGAGAGAGAUGAUUUCUGGAAAGCCAUGCGAAGGGAUCUGCCCAACAGCUUCAGGUUUACCGGAUCUAGAGCACAUGCCUUGGCAGUCCAACAGCGACUGCGGGACUACUACAUCCCCGAGAUCACCUCAAUCACCUACGAAGGUCAAUAUGUCGACGCUCCCCGUCCCGUGGAAUGGUACCCCGACCAGUUGGCCUGGUUCAUGACUACUCCGAAGAAUGUUAUUCGUCGGUUCAAACCAUUUGCCUCGUUUCAACGAUUCCUUGUGGCAGAGGCUGAUGUGGGAAAUAUCACACGGCAAGAGGUGGUCAGCAUGAUACCGCCAUUGGUCAUGGACCUCAAACCAGGCAUGACGGUGUUGGACCUAUGCGCUGCGCCAGGCAGCAAAUCCGGGCAGCUCAUCGAGAUGAUCCAUGCUGGGGAGGAGGAAAGAUGUCGACAGGUAGCUGCGAAUAUUGCCAAUGGUCUCGACAGACCAGAGGGCGCAGAUUAUCAGGAUGAUGGCCGCGCGACUGGGCUACUGGUUGCUAAUGACGUCGACUACAGAAGAGCUCACAUGUUGGUCCAUCAGAUGAAAAGACUAAGCUCACCCAACAUUAUCGUCACGAAUCACGAUGCGACCAUCUUCCCGUCCAUCAAGAUUUCCUCACUGCCAACACCCGAAGGGAAGCCUGUACACAAUCGUUAUCUCAAGUUCGACCGGAUUCUGGCGGACGUUCCCUGCUCUGGGGACGGCACAGUGAGGAAGAACAUGGAGAUAUGGAAGAACUGGACACCAAGCAACGGCCUGGGUCUCCAUGCCACGCAAGUGCGAAUUCUGAUCCGAGCCCUGCAGAUGCUCAAGGUUGGAGGUCGGGUUGUUUACUCGACAUGCAGCAUGAACCCGAUCGAAGAUGAAGCCGUCCUCGCAGAAGCAAUUAAUCGAUGCGGGGGCCCGCAGCUUGUGCAAAUCCUCGAAACAAAGGAUCUGCUUCCUGGGCUCAAACGCUCGCCCGGGCUCAAGCGAUGGAACGUCAUGGACAAGUCUGGUCGGAUCUGGCAGGACUACGAAUCCGUCCUCAAUCAUCGAGCAGAGUCUGGCACUGAGGGACUAGAAAGAUUAUGCGAGAGCAUGUUUCCUCCCAAAGAAGAUCUAUCUCUUGACCGAGCCAUGCGUGUGUACCCCCAUUUGCAAGACACCGGGGGAUUUUUUAUUGCGAUCCUGGAGAAGAAGUCGGAGAUUAAGGCCAAACCGGAGGAGAAACCUGCCAGCACCGUACAAUCGCUCUCAAAGGUGGAAGCUGCCGGUUCCCCAGGGACAAUUGCUAAAUCCGAGCCAUCAACAAAUGGGGCAGUGGAGGAAGUCCACGCCAUGGCCAAUGGCGACUCCGGAUCCCUGACGAAACGAAAACGCGAGGACAGUGAAGACGAGGACUCUACGCCAAUCAAGCGGGUUAAAAGCCAAGAGAAACUCGACGAUACCGCCACUACUUCGACUAUUCAACAAGGUCAGCCACCAGCAAACCAUGCACCGCAGCCACAACCUCAUCGCCAUCAACCGCAACAACACCAACAACAACCCCCGAAAAAGAAAAAUCGGGAUCAACCUUUCGAAGAACCAUUUAAAUAUCUUUCUCCGUCCCUCCCCGAACUCAAACAAAUCCGCAGCUUCUACAACCUCUCCUCCCAAUUCCCCGAUGACCGGUACAUGGUCCGAAACCCAGAUGGCACUCCGACGAAAAACAUCUACUACACCAACGAACUCGCCAAGGAAAUUCUCCAAGAAAAUGAAGGGAAGGGGAUCAAAUUCGUACACGCCGGUGUCAAGAUGUUUGUGAAGCAGGACGCGCCCAGUCCGGAAGUGUGUCCAUGGAGGAUCCAAACGGACGGGCUGAGGAUGCUGGAAACGUGGGUCGGGCCCGAGAGGAAAGUCAAGUUGAGAAAGAAAGAGACGCUGCGGCGGCUGUUGAUUGAGAUGUUCCCUAGGUUCCAUGGCGAGGACGGGGCCAAGUUGGGUGAGGUGGGAGCACAAGUGAGAGAGAUGGGGAUGGGAUGCUGUGUGCUUAUUGUGGAGCCGAGCGAGACCAACGCCGACCGCGCGACCGGUCCGAAUGGCGGCGGGGAGGAAGGCGAAGGGUUGGAGGAGAGGAUGGUGUUCCCCCUGUGGAAAUCGAUCCACUCGCUCAACCUGAUGUUGCCCAAGGAGGAGAGAAAGGCGAUGCUGCUGCGGCUGUUCAACGACGACUCGCCGCUGGUGAAUCGGAGCAAAGGCUGGACGGAGGCGCAGAAGCAGGAGCAGGCCAAUGGGUCUGGCGACAAGGAUGGCGAGCAAAAGGACCAAGGCCGAGGCGGAGAGGGGGAAAGAAUGGACUUGGUCGACAAGGAGUUCAGGAGGAACAGCUCUUCUCCGGAACUCGAGCCCGUGCCGACCGAGCGUGUCGGUGAGGGUGAAGCUGCGCCUGAGCUGGAAAUGCAGGACGGGGCUCACGAUGGCGACGACGAUGAGGAAGACGGCGGAGUGGCCAUCUCCUCGAAUGAAGCGUGAGUGGAACCAAAGUCAAGGCUUUAUACAAGGGAGUGGGCUAUCUGGCUCCACGGGGAUAUAUAGAAGCCAAAUCACACGUACAGAUUCUCCAGCGCUGAAUUCGUUCCAGGCAAAAUCCGCACCACCAUCUGUCCACAUGUAUAUGUAUAUUUUCAAUAUCCAGC